UCCCUGCAGUUGGUACUUGGCCUUUUUCUUUAUUUCUUCUUUUUUAUCACGAGAAUAUCAUUUUCCCUUUUCGGACAUGUGCUUCCAAUUAUCUGGACGACAGUAGUGCCAUCAUUCUCCCCACAAGGUUUCUUCUUUUACCAAGCAUUCAACCGAUCGUCUUUGCUUUAAUCCCUCCGAAGACCCUGCGACUUGGGACUCUUCAUUCCUUGCCCCAGCCGUUGUCUAUACUCGCUUUGAUGUCCAAGAACCACGAAACCUUCUUUGAUCCUUCGAAACGACCUAGCUUGCAGGGUCCUCUCACGCCAGGAUAGACAUCCCAAUGCCGGAAAAUUCUCGUCUGAGACGGGCCUGCGAUGGAGCAAUAUGGCUGAUCCUUGAUCAAUGGUUCCUCAUAGCACUCGGUAUCGUCAUAGCCAUCGCUUCCCAGGUCCAGGUAGCACAAUCCCAGCUGCAGCUCAAGCAGACAGUCGUCACCUAUCUCUGCGUGGCGAUUAUCUUCUUCAUCACGGGAUGUACUCUUCCAACGCAGGUGCUUUUAGAUAAUUAUUCCCGAUGGAAAGUGCACUUGUUUGUGCAAGUGCAGUGCUUCCUGAUGACAUCUGCGGUAAUAUUCGGAAUUGUUAGCGCCUGUGCUACCAAUAAAAACUUCAUGGACGCGGGUCUAUUGAUUGGUCUGAUAUUCACCGGCUGUGUGCCGACGACGAUAUCAUCCAAUAUCGUCAUGACUCGGAAGGCAGACGGAAAUGAUGCCCUCACUGUCGUGCAAUCCACAAUCGGGAACUUCCUAGGGCCUUUCCUCACACCACCUCUUGUUCAGAUGUAUAUAUCGACCCAUGCGUGGUACACGGAUUUUCUCCCUCAUGCUUCAGGCGGCUAUUCAGAGAUUUAUCGGCGCGUCUUCAAACAACUCGGGCUGUCCGUGUUCCUUCCAAUGGUUGUAGGUCAAGUCGUCCGGUACUUCUUUCCAAAAGCCACCCGAAAAGUAUUCAUUGAGUGGAAACUCAACAAAUUGGGCUCAUUUUCCCUCCUGGUGAUUAUCUGGCAGACUUUCGACCAAGCUUUUGGUGCUGGCGCUUUCGCUAGCGUCAAGGGGAGUAACCUAGUAUUCAUUGUGUUUAUCUCAAUCGCCUAUUUUCUCAUUUGGCUGGCGGUCUGCCUUCUACUAUCAAUUCCGUGGCUCCCAAAGGAGGACACCGUUGCGGUGGCCUACUGUGUUCCUGCAAAGACCCCAGCGAUGGGGGUACCGCUAUCCAACUUGAUGUUCGUUGGCCUGACAUCUCUGCAGCAAUCGAAAAUACAGAUCCCUAUGGUAAUCUUCCAGGGUCUGCAGAUUGCCAUGAGCAGCAUGCUGACUGUAGCAUUCCGAAAAUGGAUCCACUCCGGAAAACCGAAGGAGGAAGAGAGUCUAUCUGAAGACCACGAUCGAGACUCCAGCGUCAUUGCCAAUGGGAAAUGAGAGGAAAUGAGGACUUGGGUGGUAGCGGUGGAAAGUUUCAGGGGUUUCUUCGCGGUAAAAAUAACCAAUGCUUGACCACAACUCUGUAUUGUAGAACGCGGAGCAGUUAUCUUUCGGAGAUAAAAUUUGUCAUCAAAUAGAAUUUCAGGCCUAGAACAGGAUUUUGACACGCAACCGAGUGCGAUUCAUGGAUUGGACAGACUUCUCAAAAAGAAAUUUCAAACAGAGCGUGCGUGAUUCACCCGAUGUCACCCGUCAUCAGAUAAGCAUAAGCCCAUAUAAUAGGGGCAAAGGUGUAGAUCGAGGCUAAGAAGUUUGCAGAAGGUUAGGAGAAGUUGAUCCUCCCGGUUUAUUUCCAUGCUACCAGCAGUAGCGGCCGCCGGAGAAAUGAUUAUCGGGUAAGCGUCCAUGAGAAUCCGGAGCAUGGGCGAU